CCCGUCGUGCCUUGGGCUACGGGCCUCGGUGUGGACCCGGAAGUUCCGGGUGCAGUUCCGGGUGCCAACGAGUCUUCUGACUGGAGCCAUGGCCGCUCUCUGCCUCUUCGACGUGGAUGGGACCCUGACUGCCCCGCGGCAGAAAAUUACAAAAGACAUGGAUGGCUUUCUACAAAAAUUGAGGCAGAAGACCAAAAUUGGAGUGGUAGGUGGGUCAGAUUUUGAGAAAGUGCAAGAGCAACUGGGAAGUGAUGUGGUUGAGAAAUACGAUUAUGUGUUUCCAGAGAAUGGCCUGGUAGCAUACAAAGAUGGGAAACUUUUGUGUAAACAGAGUAUUCAAGGUCAUCUGGGGGAGGCAGUGAUCCAAGACCUGAUCAACUACUGUCUGAGCUACAUUGCAAAAAUUAAACUCCCUAAGAAAAGGGGAACUUUCAUUGAAUUCCGAAAUGGCAUGUUGAACGUGUCCCCUAUUGGGAGAAGCUGCAGCCAAGAAGAACGAAUUGAGUUCUACGAACUUGAUAAAAAAGAAAAUAUACGACAGAAAUUCGUAGAGGACCUGAGGAAGGAAUUUGCAGGGAAAGGCCUCACAUUCUCCAUAGGGGGCCAAAUCAGCUUUGACGUCUUUCCUGAUGGGUGGGACAAGCGGUAUUGCCUGAGACACCUAGAACAUGAUGGUUACAAGACCAUUUAUUUCUUUGGAGACAAGACUAUGCCGAUGUUCAGCCCAAGCUGGCCUCAGAUUCCCUGCGUUGCCAAAGAUGACCUUGAACUCCUGACCCUCCUGCUUCCAACUCCCAAUGCUCCAGACUUGCACCAGCACGCCCAGUUUAUGCAGUGCUAGCAGUCACACUCAGGGUUCUGUGUGUGUGUCAGGCAAGCACUCUACUGAGCUGCACCUCCAGCAUCCUGGCUCCCAUUGCUUACAGAAGGGAAAGAGAUCUGUUAACGCCCACUACUACAUGCUGUGGCAGGACAGCAUGCUAGGCCAGUGAUACAUAGCCAUGAGUCCAUUCACCAGAGAGGGUAGAAGCAGAGUUUAUUAGGCAUGUUACAGUGUAGCCACAGCAGGCAGGACGGCAGGGAGACUGCAGAGGCCUUCUAAGUGGGAGACAGUGCGGCAGUGUCACAGUGCCCUGGUACUUUAGGUCUUAUCAGGUAGGACAGCUGUGUGGGUUUGUUUCUUUGGGCAACUGGUUAUCUGAAUUGGACCUUAUGAGUUGCUGGGGAUCAGCCUCCAGAUAAAUGUCUGUGCCUGCUUAAACGUGUGGAGUUUUUCCCAGUAGCAGAGCUCUGACCAGGUAAUAGUCCUAGUCCAAGGCCACCGUGACCAUUGCUCCAAGUCAGCCAGGUCUGAAGCAAAGCAGCCUUGGCCUGAGGUUAAAAUAGCAGCACAGCACAGCCAUUCUCCAAAAUGUUACCACAAAAGACUUCUCUGGAAAUGACCCGACCCGACCCCAGCCCUGUGGUGUGGGAGGCUGUGCUGUCCAGAGCCUUGCUGUGACUGCUGAGCAGAGCAGAGCACCAUGUUGUAGCCGGAGGGCUUGCUGCUCCACUUAACUCUUGCACUGCCAUGACUUCAUUUACAUUUUUCAUUUAUUAUUUUAAAUCGAACCAGGUGUGGUGGUAUAUUCCUAUAAUCCUGAUACUUGAGUGGCAGAGGCAAGAGGAUUACAUGUUUGAGGUCGCCCUGGAGCUACAUAAUGGGAUCCUGUCUCAAAUUCCUCAUCUCACACACAAACCCAGCAAGCUUUUCUUCCGUGGUUUUGCUGGUUUUCAGCUGAGCUUUGUCAAUGAAAAGCAUUUCCUGCCCAAAGGGACAGAAUUGCCUUGGAGCUUCCCUGCUGCGGCAGCACAGCCUCUGCCAUCAGGGUCUGCUGGGACACAGGGGUGGCCUCUGUCAGAACAGAGUGAAAAAUUAGGUUCUGCCUUCCCAAAAUGUUCCUCGGCCCCAAAGGCCAGCCGACCCAGCCGAAAUAAAGUCACACCCCUGAUUUCAGUGGCUCCCCAAGGGAAACAAAUGGGCACUCAGUUGCUCAGGACGGAGGGCUACAUCUCAAAGGCUUCUUGUGGGCAGCAUUCUGGUUGAAGGCAUUUGCAAACAUUCUUGUGAGUAAGGAAUAUUAGCCACCCUUGCAUUUGCCUGUGUGUUCCUGUCCUGAGUAACCUAGCUGUGAGUCCAUGGAGCACACCAGGAUGUGGGGCUGGGGGCUGGACUGGCACUUAAGGUGCUGUCUAUUCAUUAUGGCAGUCAGCCCCCCCCCCCCCAUGCAUCCGUCUGUGGAGUGUUGUGUUAGCAAGGAGCAGAACAGUAGAAUAUUGUGCUGUGGUUUUUACUAAUGAUGGAAAAGUCAUCUCUCUCCAUGUCAGCUCAUAAGUGCAUAAAGGGGUCUGAAAGACAAAAGUUACAGCAGUCACUGCUUGGGGGGGGGGUACAGGGGAACGGGGGGGUUGCCUCCAAGAUGUGAUUCUUUUCGAUAUUUUCCUCCAAGUCUCCCAGAGGACAGAACUGGCUCAGUACUAGUCUGAUUGUGAAGAAAGCAGAGGAUCUGGUCUUCACAUACCUCCAGGAUCCAGCCUGAGCUGCACAUUCAGUGAACUUGCUCCCUGUACCCAGCCCCACACCGUUCCUCCCUGCUGUAGCCUGCCAAGGGCCCUCCCAUUCGGUGUGCAGCAUUUCACCCUCCCACAGUCUGAGGAGCACAUCUGCCUUGAAAACCAGCUCAGGGUGGUCAAGGGGUGAUGGUAAAUCACCCAGACCGGAAAUGACCCCUCCACUUGCCACAGCAGUGAGACUCACAAACCUGUUUUCUCUGACAACCCCGAUGGGCAAGAGUUCCCCUUCUAAAGGAACCAUGUGAGGAUGAAACAAGGCCUUGGGAGCUCUCAGGGCUUGACUAAUUUAAGUAGUCUGGGAUUACUCUUUUUUGUUUGUUUGUUUGUUUGUUUGUUUGUUUGUUUGUUUCGAGACAGGGUUUCUCUGUGGUUUUGGAGCCUAUCCUGGAACCACUCUUUUUUUUUUUUUUUUUUUUUUUUUUUUUUUUUUAUCAGUGUUUUGCCUACGUGUUGAAUCUGUACACUUGCAUGCCUGUUGCCUGUGGAAGUCAGAAAAGGAUGUCAGGUCCCCCUGAAACUGGUUUUACAGGCAGCCAUGAGCCACCAUGUGGGUGCUAGGAGUCAAACCUAGAUCCCUGGGAAGAGUAGCAGUUUUCUUAACUGCUAAACCGUCCCCAGCCCCAAGGAGUGCAUCUUUUUACAGAGCCUGCUCACAGCCCAGCUCAGCCUCUAGCCUUCUAAGAGUGUUGCAGAAAGGUUAGCUGUGACAGAUUGAGAGGUAGGCUUGUUAGAAAACCCUAGAGAGGGUUACCUGGCCACCGGCACCUUCCUAGACAGGGUGUGCAUUCAGAAGUCACACUACUGUCCUCAGCCAUGCUUUGGGUGAGAACUGGGCACCUGCCAUCCUGGACUGAGUCCUGCCCUUGAGGGCCAGGGAUAGCAUACAGUGUGUUCUCUCCACCCAGUUCUUUCAGAAGUCCUUUACCAAGGGAACCUGGGUAAGCCCAUGCUCUCCAUUGUCUGCUUCCUGAACUAACAGGGUUUUUAACCAGGUUAGAGGUCCUCAGACUAGCUCAGGGCUUUCCUGGGUCCCUGCCUGUCUACCUGCCUUCCUGAACACCAGAGUGCAUGGGCUACUCAUCUUGAGACUGGUUCUUCAGGGUGGAAGCAUCCCCUCACCACUGUCUGGGCUUUGCUUCUUCUGUUCAGAGAAGCACAGGCUUUGAUCUCUGGUAUGCAGUUGACUUCUUGGGGGUCACAGAAUCAGUGUUUCCUGGAUAUAUGGUCAUGCCAAGGCUGGCUCAGCUGUCUCCUGCUCCACUGACUAGAGAAAUGGAACAGUGGUCAAGUUUCAAGCCAUCCACAGACAGACCUGACCUUCAUUCCAGGGCCUGCAGCCCAGCCCAUGUUGCACCCCACAUACUAGUUCUAGAUUGGGAGAACUGGGGCUCACCUUAGGUUUACAUUCAAAACCUCAGGACUCUAGCCUGGGCCCUGUCUACAGCAAGCCUUUUG